CGUCUCCCACCUCUCAUGUCUCUUUUAGUCGCUUGGCAAUUAAAGGAGAAGCGUGUCCUCAUCGUCGGCGGCGGUGAGAUCGCCUCUCAGCGUAUAGAUUCCAUCCUUGUAACCGAUGCGAGUAUUGUCGUUAUCGCUCCGGAACACGGCCUCAACUCUCGUGCAAGGCAACUCAUCGCCUGCCACCCUGCUUGUAUCACUCACCAUGACCGACUUUUCCUCGGGCCUUCCGAGCUGCAUAAUAUAGAUAUGGUUCUCACUGCUCUUGACGAUCCCGAACGCUCGCGCGAGAUUGUCCUCAUGUGUCGUGAUGCUCGCAUUCCGGUCAACGCUGCAGACAUACCCGAUCUCUGUGACUUUUAUUUUGGGGCACAAAUCCGCGAUGGCCCAUUACAGAUCAUGAUUUCAACGAAUGGGAACGGUCCAAGGUUGGCUAGUCGGAUAAAGGAAAGGUUGCAGCGAGCCCUUUCUGGGGCUGAGGGCGAGGCGAUCACACGGGUUGGCCGAUUGAGAAACCUGCUCAAACAGAAGGCGCCAGGCAUUGGCGGUGACUUGGGUCGGAGGCGGAUGAGAUGGAUGACGCGACUCUGCAAUGAAUGGGAGCUGGAAGACUUUGCCCAGCUCGAUGACGCCAUGAUGAAGAGGUUGCUUGAAGAAGGAUGGGAAAACGAUCGCACCCCUUCCUUACAGGAUGUUGGGGGA